GCCACAUCUGUCUCGACCACGCUUCUCACAUCGCUCAGCGCUCAGCAUCACACGCGGGUGGUAUAUAACUCGCCUCCUUCUUGUUCCCAUCACACAUUAAUCAACGAAACAUGACUAUCGAUAUCGACGCUGAAGCGCUGCGCGCAAAGUAUGCCGAAGAGCGCGACAAGCGCCUCGCUGCGCCCGUGGGGCGCAACUUCAAGCCGCUCGAGAAGCCGGGCGUCUUCGUCGACCCCCACAUGCCCGUGAUCCCGCGCGAGCCUGUGACGGACCACGUCGAGUUCUGCUACAUCGGCGGCGGGUUCAGCGGGCUGCUGACGGCCGCCCGUGUCAAGGAGGCCGGGGUCAAGUCCGUCCGGAUCGUCGACAAGGCGGGUGACUUUGGCGGCGUGUGGUACUGGAACCGGUACCCCGGCGCCAUGUGCGACACGGCGGCGAUGGUGUACCUCCCGCUGUUGGAGGAGACGGGGCACAUGCCGACGCACAAGUACGUGUACGGACCCGAGAUCCACGAGCACUGCCAGCGAAUCGGGCGCAAGUACGGGCUGUAUGACGACGCGCUGUUCCACACCGACGUGUUGGGCCUCGCGUGGGAGGAGGAUGGGAAGCGAUGGCGCAUCACCACGAACCGCGGCGACAGCUUUACUGCGUCGUUCGUCGGCAUCGGGAGCGGGCCGCUCAAUGUCGCCCAGCUCCCCGACAUCCCCGGCAUCGAAAAGUUCAAGGGCAAGCAAUUCCACACGUCACGCUGGGACUAUGCGUACACCGGCGGCGACAGGCACGGUGCGCCGAUGACCAACCUCCGCGACAAGCGUGUUGGGAUCGUUGGUACGGGCGCCACCGCUGUGCAGUGCGUUCCGGCGCUGAGCCGCGAUUCGGGCGAGCUCUUCGUGUUCCAGCGCACGCCGAGCGCCGUCGACGUGCGCGGCAACCACCCGUUCGACCCGGCGUGGUUCAAGGAGAUCUCAAAGGAGCCGGGAUGGCAUGAGCGCUGGCUCCAGAGCUUCAGCGACUGCUGGGGCCAGAGCGUGCCCGAUCCGCGUAUCAUGUGGGAGGACUACCCCGACCUCGUGGACGACGGGUGGACGCGGCUCGCUCGCCGCUGGCGCGACCGCUUCCGCGCCAUCCCGCCCGACCAGUUCGGGCUGCCUGCCAUCCUUGGGGCGAUGGAGGCGCAGGACAACGAGACGAUGGAGCGCAUCCGCGCGCGUGUCGAUGAAAUCGUUACGGACAAGGACAAGGCUGCAGCCCUCAAGCCGUGGUACCGCCAGAUGUGCAAGCGGCCGUGCUUCCACGACGAGUAUCUCCAGGCGUUCAACCGUGAAACGGCGCACUUGGUCGAUACGGACGGCCAAGGCGUCAGCGAGGUCACGGAGACGGGCGUCGUCGUCAACGGCAAGCACUACGAGCUCGACUGCAUCGUCUGGGCCUCGGGCUUCCAGUUCGUGCCGGGAGACGUAACCACGCGCCUCGGGUACGACGUGGAGGGCCCCGCUGGCAAGCUCUCGGACGUGUGGGCCGCCAAGGGCGACGGAGGUGGCAUGCGCACCCUUCACGGCCUGCAGACUGCCGGCUUCCCCAACCUCUUCUUCCAGCAGCUCCCGCAGACGGGCUUCCUCAUCUCCAACCUCCCCAACAACUUCAUCCCACAGGCAGCUAACGUCGCAGCCCUCGUUGCGCACGCCAAGGAGAAGGGCUACGCGAAGGUCGAUGUCCAGCCCGAGGCGCAGGAGGCGUGGUGCGCCGCCAUCCUCGAGCACGGGCGUCCGAUCGGUAACCCCGAGUGCACGCCCGGAUACUACAAUAACGAGGGCAAGGGCGACAACAUUCACACCAAGCUUAUGGCCGGAUACCCUGGCGGUGCGAGCGCGUUCGCCAAGCUCAUGGAGCAAUGGCGCGCGCCGGGCCCGCAGCAGUUUGCUGGUGUGGCGUUUGCGUAGUGUUAAAAUAAGCGAUAGUCAGAAGUAGUGACAUGAAUGGCACAGUGAGGGUGUUAGCAUGGUUCAUGAUGCGAGACAC